CCCACAGUGGUAACAAUGAGGUGGAGGUGUGUGUGGUUGUGUGUCCUGGCUUUUCUGGUUAAUGCCUAUGCCAGACUAGCUCGUAACCAUGUCAACAACAUCUGUAGCACAUGGGGCAGAGACCACUUCAAGACAUUUGAUGGUGACAUGUACCAGUUCCCUGGAUUGUGUGAAUACAACCUUGUCUCCGAUUGUCAUGAGAUGUACCAGGAGUUUUCAGUGCACAUGAAGAGGACAGACGUGGAUGGAAGCCCUACAGUCAGCUACGUGGUGGUCACCAUCAACGACCUUUCAUUCCACCUCAACAAGAGUCAGGUCACUGUGAAUGAUGUCCUUGUCAAUCUGCCGUACAUCAAGGCAGGUGUACAAGUAGAAAAAAACGCUGUUUACAUCAAGCUGCAGUCUAAAGUUGGCCUCAUUGUUCUGUGGAAUGGUGAUGACGCAAUCAUGGUGGAGCUGGAACAUGAGUAUAAUAAUCGUACCUGUGGACUUUGUGGAGACUUCAAUGGUGUAGCCAUCUACAAUGAAUUCAUUCAUAAGGUGCAUCGUCCAAAUGAUGACUGUGAAGAUCCCUAUGAAGAAGAAGAUGAACCACUGGGGGCUGUGCAGGCCUCAUGUGAAAAGUUUCAAACCAUCUGUAACCAGACCCUGCACUCAGAUUUGUGGAGCCCCUGCACAGAACUGUUGAACCCUGAACCCUACAUCCAGGCCUGUGUGCAGGACAUGUGUGGAUGUUCCAACAACACCGAUAAUAACUGUCUCUGCAGCACUUUGUCUGAAUUCUCUCGGCAAUGUUCACAUGCUGGAGGGCAGCCUCCCAAAUGGAGGACAUCUGAUUUAUGCGCUAAAGAGUGCCCAUUCAACAUGGUUUAUGAAGAAAGUAGUUCCCCUUGCAUGGAUACUUGCACUUACCAAGACACAACUUCCCUGUGUGAGGACCACAAAAUGGACGGCUGUGUUUGUCCACCUGGAACUGUCUUUGAUGAUAUUUCCAUGAGAGGGUGCGUUAAUCAAUCUGAAUGUCAAUGUCAGCACGGCAAAGUCUAUAAUCCUGGGGAAGUUUACCGGCAGUAUGCAGUGGAGUGUACAUGUAAUGGUGGAAGAUGGACGUGUAAGAGUCUUCAAGUACCAGCUACAUGUGCAGUUGAAGAGGGCUCCCAUAUAACAACCUUUGAUGGGAAAACAUACACCUUCCACGGAGACUGUUUCUACACCUUAGUUCGAGUGGAGGCCAAGGAUAACAACAAUCCAGCAUUUAAGGUCCUGGCCAAGUUGGUGCCAUGUGCAAACCAAGAGUUUGACACAUGUCUGAAGACCCUCAAAAUACUGGUGAACAACGACAGAAACAAUGUGUUGAUGUUCACUUCUGAUGGAACAGUAAAGCAGAAUAUGCAAGCCAUCAGUUUGCCGUACAGCUCAGGUGACAUCCACAUAUUCCAUGCUUCAUCCUUCCACAUUUUGCUCCAGACCAGAUUUGGGUUGAAUAUCCAAAUCCAACAUGUGCCUAUCAUGCAAGUCUACAUCAGCGUUGAACAGGGCUACAAAACAAAGACACGUGGUUUAUGUGGAAACUACAACAUGAUCCUUUCUGAUGACACGACGACUAAUCAGAGAAUCGUGGCAGGAACAGCAGCAACUUCUGCAAACUCAUGGAAAGCUGAACCCACGUGCAGAGACAAAGAGGAACGACGUGAUGACCCCUGUUCCUUCAGUGUGGAAAAUGAGAAGUAUGCGAAACACUGGUGUGCCUUACUACAAAGUCCUGAUCGUCCAUUUGCCCAGUGCCAUGCAGAGGUGGAUCCUGAGGUGUACUACAAGAGAUGCGUUUAUGCUAGCUGUAACUGUGAAAAGAGUGAGGCCUGCCUAUGCGCCGUCCUCUCCUCCUAUGCACGGGCCUGUGCAGCAAAGGGGGUGUUCAUGACAGACUGGAGGGAUGAUGUGUGUGAUAAAUACAGCAACAACUGCCCAAAAUCUCAGACGUUCUCCUACAAACAUCAGAGAUGCCAGCUGACAUGCAGCUCACUGGCAUCAAAGCAGAGCUGCUCCAACGACUUCUUACCUGUGGAUGGAUGCUCCUGCUCUGACGGCUUUUACCUGGAUAACGAAGGCAUCUGUGUCCCCAAGGAAAAAUGCCACUGCCACCACAAUGGUGUUGACAUUAAACCUGGGAAGUCCAUCAGCAUCAACGACGAGCACUGCGUAUGCACCAAUGGAGUGCUUCACUGCAGCUCAUGGAGGGCCCGCUCAUUUUCUGCAUGUCCACCUCACAAGGUGUACGUCAACUGCUCCACCGUGGCCUCAGGAGAGCUUGGAGUGCAGUGUGCUCCUACUUGUGCUACUCUGGACAGUGGGGAAUGUAGCUCCACAGAUUGUGAAUCUGGCUGUAAGUGUCCAGACGGUCUUCUCGAUGAUGGAAAAGGUUUUUGUGUGAAACAACAUGAAUGUCCAUGUCAGCAUGAUGGUAAUCUCUACGUGUCUGGAACAAAAAUCCCUAACAAGUGCAACACCUGUACAUGCAAAAGUGGAAGAUGGGAGUGCACAGAGAAAAUAUGCCCAGGAACCUGUGUUAUUUAUGGAAGUGGCCAUUAUUCUACAUUUGAUCAGAAAACAUAUGGGUUUCAUGGAGAUUGUGGCUAUGUGGCUGUGAAGAACACCUGUGGCAAUAAAACAGCACAAGAAAACUUUACAGUUAUUACAGAAAAUGUACAUUGUGGAUCUACAGGCACCACAUGCUCCAAAAAUGUCAGAAUCCAGUUGGGGGCGACAGAAAUCUAUUUAACAAAGGGUGAAGAGCCCAAGCCGGGCAUUUAUGUUGGCUAUAGAGUACGAAAAGUUGGCCUGUAUCUGAUCAUAGACUCAGACAUUGGUCUGGCAGUGAUGUGGGAUCGCAAAACAACUGUUCGCAUCCUCCUGGAACCAGAACACCAUGGAGAGGUUUGUGGCCUCUGUGGAAAUUAUGAUGGUGAUGGGAAGAAUGACUUCACCACCCAGGGUCUGCUGGUGGUGAGUGUUGUGACAGAAUUUGGAAACAGCUGGAAGGUGUCCAGCUCUUGUCCAAAUGCAGAAGCCACUGCCAAUCCCUGUGAUGUAGCAACCCAUCGACACCCCUGGGCAAAAAUGAUGUGCAGAAUUAUAAAUAGUAACACUUUUAAAAAAUGCCACCAUAAGGUACCCCCUGGUGUGUAUCAUGAAAACUGUGUGAGAGACUCAUGUGCCUGUGACUCUGGAGGAGACUGUGAGUGUUUCUGUUCAGCAGUCGCAGCAUAUGCUCAGGCUUGUAAUGAAGCCGGUGUCUGUGUUGCAUGGAGAAGUCCAGACAUCUGUCCUGUCUUUUGUGAUUACUACAACAGCCCAGGAAACUGCACGUGGCACUACAGCCCUUGCCAUACACCGUGCUACAAGACGUGCUUGAAUCCGGAGGGAAUUUGCAGCAACCCCAUACCCAACCUGGAAGGCUGUUACCCACAGUGUCCUGAAGAUAAGCCCAUAUUUGAUGAGGACAAACAGGAGUGUGUGGAGGAAUGCCCCAUCACUACUACACCUACUACACCUACCAGUACUACAGAGCCAACAACAACCACCCAGUCAACACCCACACCUACUCAACCCACUACCACAACUCCAGAGCCAACAACUCCAACUCCAGAGCCAACAACUCCAACUCCAGAGCCAACAACAACCACCCAGUCAACACCUACACCUACUGAGCCUACUACCACAACCCCAGAGGUAACUUCAACCACAUCAUUUACAACUCUUGCCAGUACAACCUGUGAACCAACUUGUGAAUGGACUGGCUGGUAUGAUGUACAUAACCCUUUAACUGAUGGAAAUGACUGGGAAACAUAUGAGAACAUCACAAACAGUGGAGGACAAAUAUGUGAAGAUCCCAUGGAAAUUGAUUGCAGAGGAACACGUUUCCCUACUAAGAAAUUUGAUCAGUAUAUCAGUGAGACAAACCAAGUUGCUACCUGUAAUGUGAGUUAUGGUUUAAUUUGUAAAAAAAGUAAACAGCCUUAUCAAAGGAAGUGUCACAACUACAAGAUAAAAGUAUGUUGUCCGGUGCCGUGCGGAACUACUGCAAGUCCAACCACAACCACACAAUCAACAACCAUACCUACUGAACCUACUACUACAACACCAGAGCCAACAACAACCACAACUGAACUUACUACCACAACUCCAGAACCAACAACUACAACUCCAGAAGCCAACAACUACAACUCCAGAGCCAACAACAACCCCAACUACUCAACGUACUACCACGACUCCACAACUCCAGAGCCAUCAACUACAACUCCAGAGCCAACCACGACCACUCAAUCAACUCCCACACCAACUGCACCUACUACAACUCCAGAGCCAACAACUACAACUCCAGAGCCAACAACAACCCCAACUACUCAACGUACUACCACGACUCCACAGCAAACAACUACAACUCCAGAGCCAACCACGACCACUCAACCAACUCCCACACCAACUGCACCUACUACAACUCCAGAGCAAACAACUACAACUCCAGAGCCAACAACAACCCCAACUACUCAACGUACUACCACGACUCCAGAGCCAACAACUACAAUUCCAGAGCCAUCAACUACAACUCCAGAGCCAACCACGACCACUCAAUCAACUCCCACACCAACUGCACCUACUACAACUCCAGAGCCAACAACUACAACUCAAGAGCAAACAACAACCCCAACAACUGAACGUACUACCACGACUCCAGAGCCACCAACUACAACUCCAGAGCCAUCAACUACAACUCCAGAGCCAACCACGACCACUCAAUCAACUCCCACACCAACUGCACCUACUACAACUCCAGAGCCAACAACUACAACUCAAGAGCCAACAACAACUCCAACAACUGAACUUACUACUACGACUCCAGAGCCAACAACUACAACUCCAGAGCCAACAACAACCCCAACUACUCAACGUACUACCACGACUCCAGAGGAAACAACUACAACUCCAGAGCCAACCACGACCACUCAAUCAACUCCCACACCAACUGCACCUACUACAACUCCAGAGCCAACAACUCCAACAACUGAACGUACUACCACGACUCCAGAGCCAACAACUACAACUCCAGAGCCAACAAUAACCCCAACUACUCAACGUACUACCACGACUCCAGAGGCAACAACUACAACUCCAGAGCCAACCACGACCACUCAAUCAACUCCCACACCAACUGCACCUACUACAACUCAAGAGCCACCAACUACAACUCCAGAGCCAACAACUACAACUCCAGAGCCAACAACAACUCCAACAACUGAACGUACUACCAUGACUCCAGAGCCACCAACUACAACUCAAGAGCCAUCAACUACAACUCCAGAGCCAACCACGACCACUCAAUCAACUCCCACACCAACUGCACCUACGACAACUCCAGAGCCAACAACUACAACUCCAGAGCCAACAACAACCCCAACAACUGAACGUACUACCACGACUCCAGAGCCACCAACUACAACUCAAGAGCCAUCAACUACAACUCCAGAGCCAACCACGACCACUCAAUCAACUCCCACACCAACUGCACCUACUACAACUCCAGAGCCAACAACUACAACUCCAGAGCCAUCAACUACAACUCCAGAGCCAACCACGACCACUCAAUCAACUCCCACACCAACUGCACCUACUACAACUCCAGAGCCAACAACUACAACUCCAGAGCCAACAACAACCCCAACAACUGAGCGUACUACCACGACUCCAGAGCCACCAACUACAACUCCAGAGCCAACCACGACCACUCAAUCAACUCCCACACCAACUGCGCCUACUACAACUCCAGAGCCAACAACUACAAGUCCAGAGCCAACCACGACCACUCAAGCAACUGCCACACCAACUGCCCCUACUACAACUCCAGAGCCAACAACUACAACUCCAGAGCCAACAACAACCCCAACAACUGAACGUACUACCACGACUCCAGAGCCACCAACUACAACUCCAGAGCCAUCAACUAAAACUCCAGAGCCAACCACGACCACUCAAUCAACUCCCACACCAACUGCACCUACUACAACUCCAGAGCCUACAACUACAACUCCAGAGCCAACAAAAACUCCAACAACUGAGCGCACUACCACGACUCCAGGGCCACCAACUACAACUCCAGAGCCAACAACUACAACUCCAGAGCCAACCACAACCACUCAAUCAACUCCCACACCAACUGCACCUACUACAACUCCAGAGCCAACAACUACAACUCCAGAGCCAACAACACCCCCAACAACUGAACGUACUACCACGACUCCAGAGCCACCAACUACAACCCCAGAGCCAUCAACUACAACUCCAGAGCCACCAACUACAACUCCAGAGCCGACCACGACCACUCAAUCAACUCCCACACCAACUACACCUACUACAACUCCAGAGCCUACAACUACAACUCCAGAGCCAACCACAACCACUCAAUCAACACCCACACCAACUGAACCCACUACUACAACAAGGCCAACUUCCACAUUCUCCACAACACUUCUGACUCCUGAAACUGGGCCUCCUUGGACAACAACAGCUCCAUCAACUAGUCAUCAAUGUGUCUGUGAAAUUGAUGGCAAAGCAUAUAAAAAAGGGGAAGUAAUACAUAAGGAGCAUGUUGGAUCAGCUUUAUGCUUCAUAAUGACAUGUGAGGAUAACUGUGUGAUAAGCAACAAGACUGAAUUAUGCUGCCCUGUCGAUGCACAAUAUGAGACUUUCCAUUUGUGCAACUGCACCAUGGCCAGAUGCACCGAUAACAACACAAUUGAAAUCUUUCCUUAUGAAUGUCCACCCAUUGAGCCUAUCACUUGUGCAAAUGGAAGGCCAUCAGUUCUUGCAUAUGAUGGAUACGGAUGCUGCCAACAUCGUGUUUGUGACUGUGUAUGUGAAGGCUGGGGAGAUCCCCAUUACGUUACAUUUGACGGAUUAUAUUACAGUUAUCAAGGAAGGUGCACUUAUGUUUUGAUGGAAGAGACUAUUCGAAAACAUGACUUGAAGAUUUAUAUUGACAAUGUCUAUUGUGACCCAACUGAAGCUGUGUCCUGUCCACGAUCUAUCAUUGUUUCAUAUCAGUCACAAGCUAUAACACUCAAAAAUCACAAUCUUCUUGAUGGAGCAGAGUUGGAGGCUUUCAUAGAUGAACAAAGUCUGGACCUUCCUUAUUGGAAACAUGGUAUGAAGGUUGUGACUACUGGGCUUAACUUAAUUUUGGAGAUUCCUCGCCUAGAGGUGGUCGUUAAAUUUGGUAUAUCUGGCUUUAUUGUAACCCUUCCAUAUAAAAACUUUGGCAGCAACACACAGGGUCAUUGUGGAACCUGCAAUAACAAUCAGGCUGAUGACUGCAAGUUACCUGGAGGCCAAGUGGUGGGAAGUUGUGCUGAGAUGGCUGACUUCUGGGUGGUAGAAGACAUUCAUCAACCCAUGUGCAAGACACCAUCUGUGGUUCCCACCUCUAAACCUGAACCUCCACCAACUCAAUCCCCAUGCAGGAAUGAUUCCCUAUGUGACAUGCUUCACCACAGCCCCUUUACAGCUUGCCAUCCCUUUGUCUCACCAAACAAUUUCUACCAAGGCUGUGUGUUUGAUAGCUGCCAUCUUACUAAUCAAGCUGUGGAGUGUACAAGUUUGCAAACUUACGCUGCUGCAUGUGCUCAGGCAGGGAUUUGUCUGCACUGGAGGAACACCAGUCUGUGUGCCAGCAGUUGUCCAUCAGACAAAGUUUACAAGCCAUGUGGUCCUGCAGAACAGCCAACAUGUGAAGACAAUGCAAAUGAACCAACAAUGAACGUCACAACUGAGGGCUGCUUUUGUCCUGAUGGCAUGAAACUUUUCAACAAAGAGUCUGGUAUUUGUGUUAGUAAAUGUGGAUGUUUGGAUCCUGAGGGCAUUCCUCGUGAGUUUAAAGAAAGGUUUGAGUAUAAAUGCCAAGACUGCAUCUGUGAUGAGUCCACCAAGACAGUGAUUUGCAAACCCAAGGCGUGUCCAGCACCACCUGCAGUAAACUGUACUGGUCCAGGGUUUGUCCUUGUCAACCAGACUAAUGAUUCGGACCGCUGUUGUUCAGCCUUUGUUUGCCGUUGUGACAGAACUACCUGCCCAUUUGACGACACAAACUGUGCAAUUGGAUAUAAACCAGUUGUCUACAUUCCUGAGGGAGGAUGUUGUCCACAACGUAAAUGUGAGGCUAAAAGUGUCUGCCUCCACAAGAACAUUGAAUAUGAGCCUGGUUCCAAAUUUCCAUCUGGAGACUGCCAGAAUUGUACCUGUACCCAUGAGCCUGACCCCAAAUCUAAACAUCUGAAAAUACGGUGUGAUGUUCUGCCAUGUGAAGAGAACUGCGACACAGGAUAUGAAUAUAUUUACCGAAAUAACGGUGAAUGCUGUGGAAAGUGUGAGCAGACACACUGUAUCUUCAAUCUGAAUGGGACCAAGCAUGUCAUGAAGGGAGGAGAAACCUGGUCACCUGCAGACAACAGGUGUGAACACUUCGUCUGUCUCAAAACUGGAGGCAUUUUCACUGCUGUCAAUUCACACAUUGUCUGCCCACCGUUCCAACAGAGCAACUGUGCGCCUGGGACAAUUCAAACUACAUCAAAUGGCUGUUGUAAAACUUGUGUGGAGAAGGACAAAGCCUGCAAGUUAAAAUCUGUGAAAACCCGUAUUUCACAUGGAGGCUGUCAAUCUGAGGAAGAGGUAGAAGUACCAUAUUGUGAGGGAUCCUGCAACACUUUCACCAAGUAUUCUGCAGAAGCCGCUAAUAUAGAGCAUUCUUGUUCCUGCUGUAAGGAGACAAGAUUCAGCAGACGCAUUGUGAACUUAAAAUGCCUGAAUGGAGAGGAUGUUGAGCGCGAAUAUGUUCACGUGGAGGAGUGCGGCUGUGGCAACACAGAGUGCACCGCAGCUGGACAAACUCCUCGCAAGAAACGAAGCUUCAGACUAGUGUAACCGAAAAUCUGUCACACAUGUUAAGUACUUAAUGUUUCCUCCUCGUACUGUCCUGUUACCACAUCUCCUAUAAAUCAUCCUUACACUAAUAAAAACCUGCAGCUCAU